UUAACCCAAGUGUCUCUUUCACAGCUCUCUGCUCCAUAUCUGAAUGUGUUCAGCGUCAGUAUCACUUUAUAAAUGAGGAGAAGAACUGGACUGAAGCUCAGAGAUACUGCAGAGAGAAAUACACAGAUCUGGCCACUGUUGAUAACAUGAACGACACUAUUGAGCUGAUGAAGAGUGUGAAUGAUGUACGUGAUCAGUAUGUCUGGAUUGGUCUUCAGAAGAUGCGUGUUUAUAAUUGGCAUUGGUCUUCAGGUGAUCCUUUGCUCUUUCUGAACUGGAUGUCUGGACAACCACCUAGCAGUAAUGAGUGUACUGUUAUGAUUAAUGGACAGUGGAUUAUUGAGGCAUGUAGUAACACUCGUGUCUUCAUCUGCUACAACAUGAGCGGAGGACUGGUGUUUGUCAGUCAGUUGAUGAACUGGAGAGCCGCUCAGAGUUACUGCAGACAGAAUCACACUGAUCUGGUCAGUGUGAGGAACCAGAAUGAGAAUCAACAGCUGGAGCAGUUCAUUAAUGACCGAAGCUUAUCUGGAUCUCCAGUCUGGAUCGGUCUGUUCAGAGACACAUGGCAGUGGUCAGAUCAGAGCAACUCCUCAUUCAGAUACUGGGCUGAUACUUUUAGAGAUUUUACAGGAUGUGCAGCGAUUCAACCAAACACACAGGGACGAUGGGCUGACUACUCUAAUUUUCACCAGUUUCCUUUUGUGUGUCAUGAAGAUAAACUGAUUGUGAUCCAGCAGAAUCUGUCGUGGUCUGAAGCUCUGAGAUACUGCAGACAGAAUCAUGUGGAUCUGGUCUCGGUUCAGUCAGUGGAGAUGCAGUAUGAGGUGAUGAACGUGGUUAAACUGGCGUCUACUGAGGCGGUGUGGUUGGGUUUACACAACUACUGCAGCAUGAACAUGUGGCUCUGGCUGAGUGGAGACAUGGUGUGCUAUCAGAACUGGGCUCCAGGGAACAGCAGCACACCGGAAAACUGCAAACUGGAGAACAGAAAAGGAGCAGUUCAGUCUGAAGGAGAUCAGACCUGGAUCAGCCUUCCUGAAUCUCACAGACUCAACUUCAUCUGCACUAACUACUGAGAGUGAGAAAAGAUGAGAUUGUCAGUGUGUUUAUUAACGUUCAUUGUUCUGAUUUACUUUUAUUAUAGGUUUGGUUUGUUUCUUAGGUUCUGAGUGAAUCUGCUAUAUGUGCUUUAACAGCCACAAUAGUCUGUUUUAUUUCUGUAUUUUAUCAUGAUAUUAUCUGCUUUUAUUAACACCAAUGCUUCUGAUUCAGAUUUAAUAUACUUUAGAUGUGAUAAGUAUGUUUAGACACACUCUUCUAUAUCUGGUGGUGUUUGUUGUUGUUUUGCAUAUAUAAUGUCUAUUUGAAUGUGUUUCUGUGAGCACCAUUACUGGAGAAAACAUCAUGAGUCUCAGGAGAAUGAAAUCUGCUUUAUUCAUUAUAUAUUAUACAUUAUAUAAAACAUAACUGAGUCAAAAUCCUGUGAGAAACCGAAGAUAACAGAGCAUCAGCUGUAAUAAACUGAUCUACAGCCUGUAUUUUUGUCUUCUGACCAUUUUGCUUUUUCCAUCGCGAUUCAAAAUAAAUGAGAAAUAAUAUGAAUAAAUG